AUGUCUGAGCCUAUUUCGAUACCGAAGAGCAAGUCACAACCAGAUCGUUUGAAUGAAUACGCGACUGAACCAAACACCGAAAUCCUCGACGCGAUAGCAUAUGAUCGGGAUGGAUCUUCCAAUUCAACGCCUGAUGCUUCGCCGUCAUACAAUAUUGGGCUAUCGCGGACAUCUUCAUUUGGGGCGAGCAGCUCGUUCCAGGAAGAUUGGGAGCCUUUCCCUCCUCUGGACAAACUCACUGUUUUUGAUCUGCUAGGGAACCUUGCACUACCCCAGAAGCUAGAAAAAUGGCAGAACACAUUGACUGUUCAGAAAGAAAAGGUUAAGAAACAACAGGAAAAACUGAAGAACACAGGCAUACAUGCGAAGCAAAGGGUCGUGGGGGAGUGGCGCAAGCGUGUCCCGUCUUCAGACGACCAGCUGGAGAAAUACCGGAAACGCAUGAAAGAUUCUGUUGAGCGGCUAGGUGCUCGUUGGAAUGAUACUGCGACAGUCACUGCUCGUGAGAAGGUUUCCUUCAUCGCAGGUGUGCUUAACAUUCUUAUCUGUGGAUAUUUGCUUGGUGCUUACCCGGAAUAUUUCUUCUACUGGUACACGGCCCAGUUUUGUUAUUUCAUGCCAAUACGCUAUUACACCUAUCACAGACGUGGAUACCAUUACUUCCUGGCUGAUCUCUGCUACUUCGUCAAUUUCUUAACGGUUUUGACUAUUUGGGUGCUGCCGGGCUCGAAAAGAUUGUUCCUUAGCACAUACUGCCUUGCAUAUGGUAAUAAUGCCAUUGCUAUUGCCAUGUGGAGGAACUCAUUGGUGUUUCACAGUUUUGAUAAAGUUACUAGCCUGUUUAUUCAUAUUAUGCCGCCCGUUACCCUCCACUGCUUAAUUCAUAUGACCCCUUCUGAUGUAUUGCGCAACCGAUUCCCCGCUGUCUACAGCAUCAAAUUCAGCGAACCAGGUAGCCCGGAACAUUACUCGCUCGCCGCAAUGAUGAUAUGGGCUACCGUUCCUUACGCGGUGUGGCAGCUAUCAUAUCAUCUCCUCAUAACGGUUCGUCGGCGUGAAAAGAUUGCCGCAGGGCGGCCGACAAGCUUUACUUGGCUUCGAAAGUCAUACGCCAAGACCUGGAUUGGAAAAUUUGUCCUCAGCCUCCCGCUCUCCUUACAAGAGCCAGCUUUCAUGCUCAUACAAUAUGCCUAUGCGCUGCUAACUAUAACCCCAUGCCCCUUGUGGUUUUGGUACAGUUGGGCCAGCUCUCUUUUCCUAAUGGUCGUUUUUUCCUGGAGUGUCUACAACGGCGCGACAUAUUAUAUUGACGUUUUUGGGAAAAGGUUCCAAAAUGAGCUGGAGCAGCUUAAGAAAGAUGUUGCCAAAUGGCAUACUUCUCCCGAAGGCGGCUCGACCAGUCCUACUUUAGUUCCCGAGUCAGGCAAUGGGAAGAUAUACAGCCAUGAUGAUAUGGAGGUCAAGCAAACGGGCUCGUCAGUCCACUGCGCAGUCAACCAGAUCCCGCUCCUAGAUACGCAGUCAGCCCCUACAACUGUGGAUUCUCCUUCAACUUCCGGCCUCUAUCCUAGAACCUGA